AAUAAAAGCGAACAAACACUAAAGAGCUGAAAUCAACUUAACCAUUUAUUCUGAACUGUCUUUCCAUGGCUUGCCAUCCACUUAACACAAAGCAGGUGUUUUUAGUAAUAACAUUGUCAUUGGGUGGAAACUUAAUGCUUAAACAAUGCCAACAUCAUAUGCCAAACCUGAAUAAACUGCAUAAAAUUAAUCAGGGCAGGCAGCAAACAAUUAGAAACGAUAAACAGGCACGGGUCAAAAACAGAAAGACACAGAACAGAUAGACAGGAUAUACGCUUGGCAGUGCAGUCUUCUCAAGGUGUGUGAGUGAGAGUACUGUUUAUAUAGUCCGGAUAAUUACAAACAAAAAAGACGUGUGGCGAUGAACCGGCUAGUGCAAGGGAUGAUGGGUAAUGGAGUCCUGAGGGUGAUGAAUGGAUGGAACCUCUGAAGGCCAGCAGAGGGAGCCAUGAUGGCUUUCAUUACAAACAUUGCUUUAGCAAUGAAAUAGAUGCACUUUAAUGUCACACAUAAACAAAUAAGAUUUGAUUGAAUACUGUAUAUAAACAUAACAGCAUAACCAGAGCUCAUUUUAAUUACAUAAAUGCGAAUGAUUAAUAAGGCUAUCUGUAUGUAACUUUAUUAUUACUUCAAAGUGCCACUGCAGCCAAUAAAUCGGACAAUUUAAUAGUUAAAAUAUGACACAAAUAUGAAAACAUUGUUACAUCUAUACUGAUGUUACUCAUAUACUCAUCUGCUCUUUGUCCAUCAGCAUCACCUAUCUUACAGACGUGAAAUAGCUCAAGAUGAACAAUCAUUUUGUCCUUGACCUUGACUUGUUAAUGCUUUAUUGCAUCACAGGCAAUCUGAAAACCCAUUUAGUGUUAAAUUGCUGGUUUUAUAUUUAACACUAUUUCUGAAUGUUCUGUAAACAUAUUGUUGUAGAAAACACUAUUCACUGUUUAGGUUUAACUUUAGAUACUUCGGCAUCCCCAAAGUUUCUGACAGAGGUCCUUAGGUUAUUUUCAGACAUUGAAGUUCUUCAAGCUCCUAGAUGUGACUGCUCCGCAUUCAGAGAUCAGACGAGUGAUCAGAUAUUUAAUAAGAAUGCAUCUACAUAAUAAACUUUUUACAAGAAACUAAUUAACAGCUAUGAGUAGGGGCGCUGUUUGACUGUGAUAUAUGCAGCAUUCAGUCACUGAAUAAAGAGGAAGAAAUUGAAGAGCAGUCAGAUGUGUAGAGACACACAUUCAGCAUCAAGAAGAUCAACAGACCUGAACUCAACUCACAAUGAAGAUCCUCCUCAUCUUCACUUUCUUCAUCAUCUCAGUGACAGUGAGAUGCUUCGAUGUGAUUGGAUAUUCUGGAGGAAGUGUUCUUGUUAAUUCAUUAAAACCUUGGCACAAAAAUAGUGCUAAAUAUAUGCAUGAACAUGAACAGUGGAACAUGAUAAUAAAUCAUGAGAAACAUGAUCAGUGGAUUAAUGAAGGAAGGUUUACUCUGUUUUGUAACAUUGAUGGUAAUCUGAUGAUCUACAUCAGAGAUCUGAACACAGAGGAUUCUGGGACAUACCGAAUUGGGGUUGAUGGCCAAUGGUACAAUGAUAUAUCUUUAGAUAUAAAAGAAAAUUCAUGUUGUGGGGCGUCACAGACAGUGAUGGUGAAUACUGGAGAAACUGCAAACUUCAGAUGUCAAUAUUCACAGGAUUACAAGACUGAUAACAAGAUCAUAUUUAAAGAAGAAAAAGACUCAAUUGUAAACAUCUACAGCACUGACAGACAGGAGAAGAACAAAAGAUUCAGUAUUUCUGAUGACAGAGAUAAAAACCUCUUCAGUGUGAGAAUUACUGAUGUGAGAUCAGAAGAUGCAGGAGUUUAUUUAUGUGGAGUUUGGCUUUACAGAAACUCCUACAGUUACUCCAUUAUUACUGCUGUUUAUCUGAACAUUAUGAUGCCUCCAGUGUUUGGAGAUGAUGGGGGAUCUGCUCAGAUCAUCUGUCCUUAUGAUCCCAUCUAUAAAUCAAAGUCAAAGUAUCUGCGUAAGAGCUCAACUACAGAUAGAAAUCCUCUCAAUGAGACCGUGAGAGAUGAGAUGAACAGAUUGACUAUGAAUGAUGACAAGACAGCAAGUGUGUUUACUGUGAACAUCACUGAACUGACAGCAGAGGAUGCUGGGAAAUACUGCUGUACAGUGAAAUUAGAAACAGAUUUGAUUUAUCUUUGCACUCAUCUGAUUAUUAUCAUGAACGAGGAGAUGAUCUUGAAUAAACGUGAAGGAGACAGCAUAUCAAUCGAGUGUAAACAUCAUGCAAAAUAUCAGAAACUCUUUUGUAAAGCACACGAACCCUCAAUGUGUGUAAAUGAUGAAAUUUUAUUAAAGUCAGUGAGAGUUGAUGAAACUUCUGGACUCUUCACUGUAAACAUCAGUGAUCUGAGAGAAAAGGAUUCUGGGAUAUAUUGGUGUGGAUCUCACAUCGUCACUAAAGUGCAGUUAAAUGUCAGAAAAGUAUUUGGAGAUGUUGGUUUGUUUUGUGUUAAAUAGGAAACAGCUCAAUAUCACACGACACACAGAGAGAUAUAAAAAUCGUCCUGUGCAGACAGAUCCUGCAUCAACUCCUCUUAACUCUGCUGCACAAUUACCCACAAUCCCCUCUAAUGAUCUGCUGUACGGUGCUGUCAGUUUCCAAAAGUAUGAAAAUCCUGUCAGUGAUGUUACAGUCACCUUCAGUAAGGAGGUCAUUUAAUCUGACUACAGCACUGUCAUUUACCACACAAGACUUAACUGAUUCCCAUAUGGCAGAGAUUAAAGUUAUUCAGAUAUUUCCAGCAGUAUUUAAGACUAUGAUUGUGACAUUUUAACAAUUGCUUGGCUUUUAUUAAAACUGUGUAAUUUAUAAUUCAGUGUUUCUUUACUGUAGUUUAGUACAGGAUCAUAUAGAUGUUCAGAAAUCUUAAAAAAACUAUUUUUAAAUUAUUUUUUUACUCUGGCUUAUGUUGCUUCUUUCAUGUUUAAAACAGCAAGUGAAGAGUUUCAAUUUAUCUGAGGGUGUGAUUCAUAUAGGAAGUACAAACCCUUGAGUAACUCCUAUAAAAUGAACUUAAACUAAAACAAUAAAAACAAUUUGAGCUUAAACUAAAAAAACAAAAAAAAUUUGAUACACAUAUUUUAUUAAACCUCUUAAAUAUCAGCAGUUAAACCUUUAAAAUUAUAAAAAUCAAGGACAAUAAUUUGUUUAUUUACAGUUCAGAGUGCAAAUGACUGUGACAGUGAGCUGUUCACACCUCUCUGACACUGAAUUUAACUUGCAGAUAGUUACUGAGAGCUUGUGAGAACAUCUUUCCAAUAACAUUUAUUCAUGUUCUUUUUAUAAUGAGCUGAUUUUUAUGUUUUAUGUUAAACCUCAAAUGUUUGUACUAGA